GCUGCUCAUAUAUGUGGCCUUCAGUUGCAAACUGGGUCUGAUCCAGAUGUGCUUUUCAACUUUUAUGUAGGAGCUGGAAGGAUAUGGAACUCAAGUUUUGGACCUUGGUGGGAAGGUUGUGGUUCCUGGGUUCCUUGAUUCCCAUGUGCAUUUCAUUGAUGGUGGAUUGCAGAUGAUGCAGGUGAAGCUGAGAGGUGUUAAUAAAAAGGAAGAAUUUAUCAGAAGGAUCAAAGAUGCUGCGCAAAGCACAAAACAAGGUUCCUGGAUUUUGGGUGGUGGAUGGAACAAUGAUCUAUGGGGAGGAGAUCUUCCAGCUGCCUCUUGGAUCUAUGAUGUUACUCCUAAUAAUCCUGUUUGGCUGUCAAGAGUGGAUGGCCACACGGGCUUGGCUAACUCAGUGGCACUUGUGUUGGCUGGGAUUACAAAUUUAACAGAUGAUCCAAGAGGGAGAACUAUAUUGAGGACUGCUAAUGGAGAACCACCUGGAGUACUAAUUGAUUCAGCAAGGACACUUGUUACGUCCAAGAUUCCAGAGGAUUCAGUGGAUGAUAGAAGGGAGGCAUUGCUUAGAGCAGGCAAUCUUGCCCUAACAAGGGGGGUGACAACGGUUCUUGAUAUGGGAAGAUAUUAUCCUGGGUUUUCAACUGAACUUUCUUGGGAUGAUUUUUCUGAUGUUUAUCAAUGGGCCAAUUCUAUGUCAAAAAUGAAAAUUAGAGUGUGUUUAUUUUUUUCAGUGGAGACAUGGUCACGCUUGGUGGCACGGUGUGAUAACAAAGUCAGCCAUGCCUUGAGCGAAUGGAUUUAUAUAGGUGGUGUCAAAGCUUUUUCUGAUGGGUCUUUGGGUUCCAAUAGUGCAUUGCUUUAUGAGCCAUAUGUUGAUCAUCCUGACAAUUAUGGUGUACAAGUGAUUGAACUUGAAGCUCUUCUCAACAUGACCUUAGAGUCAAAUUUAAAUGGUCUUCAGGUUGUUAUUCAUGCUAUAGGGGACAAAGCAAAUGACCUUAUCUUGGACAUGUAUGUGGUGUUGAAGCAAGUUAACAAGGAACUUAAACUCUGUUUUCAGAUUGAGCAUGCUCAGCAAUUGGCAUCUGGAACCCGCAGUCGAUUUGGCAAACAACGGGUUGUUGCUUCCAUGCAGCCAGAUCAAUUGUUGGAUGAUGCUGACUCUACUAGCAAAAAGCUUGGCAAGGAUAGGGCUGAAAAGGAAUCAUAUUUAUUCCGGUCACUCUUAAAUAACAAUGCAUUAGUGGCAUUUGGUUCUGACUGGCCAGUGGUAGACAUCAAUCCCUUAAGUGGUAUUAAGACAGCAAUGAAAAGGAGGGCCCCCAACUGGCAAAGUGCAUGGAUUCCAUCUGAGUGCAUUUCAUUAGAUGAUGCAAUAAAGUUACACCAUUUCUGCUGCCCGUGCAAGCUUCCUUGACAAAGAUCUUGGGUCCUUAUCUCCUGGGAAACUCGCGGAUUUUGUCAUAUUGUCCACUGAUUCAUGGAAAGACUUUGCUGAAGAUGCUUCUGCAUAUAUGUUAUGUUGAGGAAGUAUAUGUUUCUGGUGUGAGAGCUUAUCCUUGAAGCCUUUCCAUUUUUAGUUAGAUGAUAAAUUUUUGGUUAAAUGAUAAAAUUCUUCAAAAAAAAUAAAAAUUAGUACGGAUGAACUCAAUUACUAGUAUCUGAUCCAUACGAUAUGAAAGUAAUGGGGUAGUAGGAAACAUUUUGACCUACUAAGGUUCAUGGAUUUAAUCAAAACACGUUCUUGGUCUUGGUCUUGGUCUUGGUUUUUGUAAAAAAAAGGGAGAAUUUUCCUUUUCUCGUAAUGGUGUUAGCUUGUGUUGUUUGGAA